AUGAGGGGACCGCCCAUCAAACCGACCAGACCGUUGAUUGUUGGCUUCCAGCUUUUGCAGUACCUCCUCUCCGAGUUGGUUUCCAGCGAUGCUGGCGGUCAGGGUGCCGCAUCAGCGUCAGCAGUAGAUAGAUCUACGCUGUGGUGUUGGUCUAACGUUUAUUUGGGAUGGAAGGUUGCACAGGCACGCAGCCGCGCGCUUCCUCAGGACAAGCAGGCGGCUUACUGGGAGCAGCGUCAUGAACACUUUGCAAACCUCGUGUGGGACAACAUAAAAGAGCUGAAGGGCUGGUGGGUAAAAGUUGGACAGUUCCUCAGCACAAGGAGCGACCUGCUGCCUCAGCAGUACAUUCACCACCUCAUCAAGCUACAAGAUAUGAUGCCGACGACGCCAUUUGAAGUUAUCGAGAAGACCCUACGCACAGAGCUGGGUGAUUUGAAUUUAAUUUUCUCGAAAAUCGAUGAGCAACCGCUUGCUUCUGCUAGUAUUGGGCAAGUUCACCGAGCUUGGCUACUUGAUGGAACUGCAGUAGUGGUGAAGGUCCAGCACGCCGAUGUUGAAUCACUUCUAAUGCAUGACAUGGCGAACCUUAAACAGUUGUCAUGGGCCUUCGGUAUGCUCGAGCAAGGAAUGAACUUGACACCUAUUCUCGAAGAGUGGCAGAAGGCUGCCAGCAAAGAACUUGACUUCAGGUUUGAAUACGCUCAUCAGCAAAGGGCAUUCGAGUCGGCCGAGCGCUCCGGCAUAGGGGUAAUCAUCCCCAAGUGCUAUUCGAACUUGGUGACAAAGUCGGUCAUGGUAAUGGAAUACAUUGAAGGCUUCAAGGUGACCGACACAGCGAAACUUGAUCUGUACGGCGUUGACCGACGAGAGCUAAUGUACAAGCUGUGUGACAGCUUCGCCUACCAAAUUCACAUCGACGGGCUAUUUAACGGAGAUCCCCACCCGGGAAACAUAUUGGUGUCUAUUAAUCCUGUGACGAAAGAGGCAAAGCCAGUUAUUCUGGACUGGGGGCUUGUAAAAGAAUUUGACUCAAAGGGGCAGACUGCCUUUUCUAAACUAGUUUAUUCUGUCGCGUCAAUGGAUGUGAUGGGCUUGAUGGAGGCUUUCGAGCACAUGGGUUUCCAGUUUAAAGAAAAAAAAGGUGCUGUGGUAGAUCCGGAGAUUUACAUGGAAGCGCUGAGGGUGGCAUUUAGGCAAGGGGAAGUUGAAAAGAAGGAGACUGAGGAGCUGCACAAGGCAGCGGGCGAAACAGUGCAGGCAGCCGUUAAGGCGGGCAUCAAUCGGAAAAAGAUUCAGGAAGCAAAUCCGCUUGAAGACUGGCCAAAGGACAUCAUUUUUUUUGUGCGCGUCGCGUCCCUCCUCCAUGGUCUUUGUGUUCAGCUGAAAGUGCACAUUCCAUUCCUAGAGAUAAUGGUCCGUCGAGCACAGGAGUGCCUCUUUAAUCGGUACCAACCGCCGAGUCCUCUCAUAUACAAUUAUUUUCUGGGAGGCAGGGGAGCUGCCAAGUGUUCGUUGCAGCAGCGGCUGAAUCGGCUACUGCGACGCCUUGUGGAGCAGAAGCUGGUUCUUGGAUGUCAAGUUGCAGUUUGUUUUCAAGGAGAGAUGAUUAUUGAUGCAGCCAUUGGCCAGAUGGGACCUGUGGAUACGCGUCCGGUCACUCGUGACUCGUUAUUUUGCGGCUACUGCACUACCAAAGGGAUUUUGAGCACUGCCUUGCUACAGCUCGUGAGUAGUGGCGAGUUGGAGCUUGAUGAUGCCGUUUCAAGUUGGUGGGAUGGGUUCAUUCGGUAUGGCAAGCGAGGCAUUACGGUGCAGCAGCUUCUGACGCAUCAAGCGGGCCUUCACCGAGCUUUGCCUGCUGAUCUUACACUAUCUCGGCUUGCAGAUUACAGCGAAAUGGUACGCAUAGUAGAGGACGCUUCACCAGUUUGCACCCCUGGUUCCUGUGGAAGAUACGCUUACCUCACAUACGGGUGGGCUGUCAGCGAGUUGGUGAGAUGCGUAUCGGGAGUUUCUAUAGAUGUUUUCAUACGAGAACGGCUCCUGGAACCUCUUGGCCUCGAAGAUGAGAUCUUCAUGAGGCUGCCUCAGGAGGUAGAACAAACUUCCUCUGCUGACCAGCCAUCACAACUUUCUGCAUGUGUGUUGCUGGAAAGCAAGAAAGCGACGUCAUCUGCGUUGCUGGAAAACAAAGCGACACCAUUGUUAAAUUCGAGCACGCCUUGUAGCCCAAGUUUGCGCCAGGCAGCCAGUGACAACUCGAGGACUGUGCCCAGCACUCAGUGUGCAUUGAAUGUGACUUCUAGUUUGGAGUUGCAUCCGUCUUCUCAUUCCGGUGAAGAGAAACCUCCCUUGGCGGAAAGGAUGGCUACAGUGUACUCAAGUAGCGGUUCAGCAGGAACGAACUCCGGGCUACCAAGAACUUUUCAGUCUGCGAAUUCCCCGUUGGCGUAUCCAAGCAGCUUGAGUGGAGGACCCCAGCAGUUCUCUCCCACUGAACUGAGCCCUUCAUUCUUGCUUCCUGGUUCGCAGACUCCGCGCAUAGACACUCCUGAAGCUGGCAGUAGCAAUAGGGAAGUCCAAGACCACGAGGAUUCACGUAGCCGUCAUAACAGCAACAAUUCACUCCGGAGUUUACGGAGCCCGUUGUCAGACUCAGACAGGGCACGUCAAAGGACGGAAAACAACAGUGACUUCUCAGUUUUCAGCCGUCCACUGGAAAGUAGAGUGAUAGGUGAGACGGACUCUUCUCGUCGAAUGCUUCAGGUAGAUGAUGCAGCUUCUGACAGGAGUAAGUGCAGCAGCACUACAUUCACGCACGGCACUCAAAACUCCGAGAAGGUUCAUCAGCUCUCUGCGUUCCCAAAGGAGGUUGAGAUUGUGACAGCAGACACUCCAUUCUUUUGGAGGCUGACAUCCGCUCGCAGGAAGAUUUCUUUCAGUCCCAUGACGCAAGAAGAAGUGCUGCAGCGACUAAAGCAAACAAAGGGAAGGCUGGAAUCUACGAAGGGAGACGGUGUGCUCAGUUCGAAAGACAGUAACACAAGGCGUUCCAUUGCGUCAGCCAUGAGGCAACGACGCUGCCGUCUUCGUAACAUGAAGGGCAACUCAGGGCCUCUUGAGCAAAUCCGCGAAGUGAAAAUUUGUAGUACACGCAGCGCGGAAAGUUUGCCAGAUGUGUUUUCACGUGCAAGAGCGGCCAGGCACGCGGAGGAAGAGCGUCAGAAAUCCGAGGAAGAAGGUGCUCUGUCGCACAGCGAUGCUCUUACGGAGGGUUUACGGACUCCAGAGUCUGAUUCGGACAGUGCGUGCAUUACACCCGCUGCGCCUGGCUCGGCUCCACGGGUCUCGGUAUUGGAGCUGAUAAAGACGAAGCCACACGUCAUGGACCCCCUUAUUUACGAUAGUCUUCGCAUAGUGAACCAGUUGAUCCCUCCAACCAAUUGUCGCUGCACCGCCAGAGCGCUUGCAAAGCUUUACGCGGCAUUAGGUGAAGGAAGAAUAAUAAGCAAACCUCUUCUUGACGCUGCUCGUGUUGCGCACACUGUGGACCCCACUCUAGAAGCACUUCUGCUAACUGGGGGAGGCAGCAGAACAUGGGGCUUGGGAUACCAGCUCUAUGAGUGUCUAUAUCUGUCUCCGCCUGGCUGGGGUGGGAUGCGGCUAGGUCACGGCAGUCAAGCGGGAGCUACUUUACUGCACAGCCGCAAGCCGAGUACAGCUGAAUAUGUGUCUAGGCGAAGCAGGCGAUCACGAGACAGCAAUAUUUUUGCUAGUUUCGGGUCCAACGCUGGGCCUGUUUUUCAGAAUGAUGUGGAAGCCCUUCUUCGCGACAGGGGCCUCUCUUCGUCGCAUCCAUGGGGAGCAACAUUGGGCCUGAAGCCGCGUGGAGUGGUGGGCUUCGGUCACGGCGAUGUUGGGGGCUCUGUAGCCCUUUGUUUCCCCGAAAUGAACUUGUCAAUCAGCAUCCUUCUUAACGAUGUUCUGACCGGACCGGAGGCCUCGCAACUCAUCUUGGAUUUCCUGCUUAUGUGCUUUGGCUUACAGCCAAAGUGGCAGACACAAGUUAGCAUUGACGAACUGCUGGAGAAUUUAACACCGCCGCUUUCUCAGUCCUAA